AUCAUCUAUUUAUUCUUCUCUUGGUCUUACGCUUCUCUUGUAUUCUUCGCUUUGCAAUCGGAAUUUAGGGAUUCUGUUCCUUCAAUUUCUUUCUUCUUUUUUUUUUUUUUGUUAGAAAUUACAAUCGAUGAUCUCAAUUGUUUGUGAUGUUUCGGAUUUGUUUUAUGUUCUCAACAGUCUAAUUUGCUUUGAUAUUUAUGUUUGAACCAUGAAUUGUUCAUUAUUACAGUGCUGCCGAAUUGGAUAUGUUGUUAGCGAAAUUUUAGCUUAAUUUAGUAUGGGAAAAUUAGAAUUAAUCUUGCAAGUUGGUUUCUUUCGAUUAGAAUUAAAUCCUGGUUCUUCUUUUUGCGAGUAAUUUCUUGUAUGAUGUUUGUCUAAUAAUAUCUACCUCUUUUGAAUUUCAUGUAUUGAAAUAUGAAUCCUUUAGGUUAAUCGCUACCUGCUUCUGCUUGUUAAAACUAGUACACCCUAUGGCACUCUAGAAAUGCAUGUUAGGCUAAUAUGAGCAUAUUGUUGUAUAAUUUAUUUGUAUUCAUCUGCUUACUGUGGGUAUGAAUGUUUAACAAUUUAAUAUGAAUGUUUUAUGUGUAUGUGCAGGGUUGUAUCUUGGUUGAAAAAAUAUGGACAAGGACAAGCAUGGGCAUGAUGAGAAAGGUCUUUUUUCACACCUAGGUCAUGGAGGAUAUCCUCAGGGUGCUUAUCCUCCUGGGGCGUACCCUCCCCCUCCUGGGGCGUACCCUCCCCCUCCUGGAGGAUACCCCCCACCUCCUCAAGGUUAUCCACCUUACGGGUAUGCAGCACCGCAAGGCUACCCACCGCAAGGCUACCCACCGCAAGGCUACCCACCACAAGGCUACCCACCGCAAGGCUAUCCUCCUGGUGCAUACCCCCCUGCUGGUUACCCACCCGCAUCUCAUUCAGCAAGGAUAAGUUGGCCGACCAUCAUCUGUUGGGGUAAUGCAAUGCACGUUGGUGUAUACUAUUCUAAUUGUGUCAGUUGUUUAUUUGGUGAGUAACAAGUGUGAUAAUGGUUGAUGCUGUGAAAACUUGCAAGCUGAUGAUUUAGGUGUCAUGUGGCAGUUUCCUUAGGAAUGUUAAAUACUUUAACAUGACAAUGAGUUGAGCCUGACUUAUGAUGCUUGGAACUAUUAUUGUCUAAAGGGAGUUUGCUUGUUCUUUGAAGUUGCUGAUUCUUUAAAACUUCAUUUGUAGGGCAUGGUGGUGUUGGGGCGCUGAUUGCUGGGGGUGCUGCCGCUGCUGCAGCUGCUUAUGGGGCUCACCACUUGGCGCAAGGUGCUUCCCACAUGGGGCAUGGUGCUUCCCACAUGGGGCAUGGUGGUUUUGCACACCAUGGGAAGUUCAAGCAUGGUGGGAAAUUCAAGCAUGGAAAGCAUGGAAUGUUUGGAGGGAAAUUCAAGAAGUGGAAGUGAUAUACUUCCUGAUUCAUAUGACCUUUUAAGAAUCUCAAAUUGUGCUUUCUAUCAAUAAUCCAGAUAUCCAGUCUCUGAUUGCUGGAUGGCUACUGAGCAAUUUACUUUGAUGUUGUUUCCUUGGAUAUUUUUAUCUGACAUAACAUGGUAUUUUUACGGUCCCUACUCUCUGGCCUAGUAGCUGAGACCUUUAGUUAAGUGUGGAUCACUACUUGUAGGUUGUGGGUUCAAGUCCCAUGUAUGAUAUUUCUCCUCUACCCCAAUUGCCCUGUUCAAAAUAUAUAUACAUAUAUAUAUGUAUAUAUAUAGUAUUUUUACAGCAUGUGCCAUUUGUUUUUUAGUUGUGUAUGAAAAUGGUGAAUGCUAGGGGGAUAGAUCAUAGAUGGUUCCAUCUUUUAUGCUUCCUGCCAUUCAGCGAGUUCACCUGUUGCUUAAAUGCUGAAGUGACAGUUUGUAGAUGCACUUCAAUAUAUACAUUUUUUUCAUGGAAAAUGCACUUCUAUAUUGAAGUUACUUUCUAGGGAUAAAAAUUUUUACUUCUA